GUGAAAAAGAUAUUGGAUAUUGGAGCAGUACAUUUUUUCGGUACGCUACUUUAUAUGACUUGAAGGUCAUUAGGCUAAGUCGUUGUUGGCUAAUUUCUCAGUUGUGACUUUCAAUCAUGGGUGGUACAAGUAGUCAUACUGAGACAAAUUUAGAUACAAUGGAAACAUAUACUGGGUUUGAGAACCAUGAUGAUGGACAAGUCAUUUCAAAGAAAGCAUUUCGAAAUAAGUUGGAACCAUACUUUGACAAUCUGGCCGAUCUUCUAUGGGAUAAUUUCGGAGGUGAUUGCAAUCACAGUGACGAAUUCUUGAAUCUCAGCAAAUAUCGAAGCAUAAUUGAGCAUUUGGCUUCUACUGAAGAUAAAUUGGUGGUAUUUUUAAAUUUUUUUAAGCUUCCCGCGUUAAAGGAAUCAGAUAUUAGAACGUUAUUUAGGUGGUUCUUACUGGGAAGAGAUUUAAAACCAGAAACAUGGGAACUGAUAUUUACUUCCAUCUUACCCUCAGAUGAAAAGGGCUUAUACAAACAUGACGCAGUUGCUAGCUCUUUAAAUCGUCUAUGUCCAGAUAUUUGUAACGACCUAGUCAGCAUACUUGUACAACUCUUAAAGGAUAAUCAUUCAUUUAAUUUGACAGAUUUCAACCCGUAUAAACUUUCUGGUGCAAUAUUGACGUCAGAUCUCCAAUGGUUGCUCUCUACUUUUCUCACUUAUCCGUACAAACACACUCCAAAUACUUGUCUACUUCAAACAACACCAUUAGAAUGUGAGCAGUUGUCACAUUUACACUGUUUAUAUAACAGUAUGAAUCAUGGGAUGAGUUUGACCAGACUGAUGGAAUUGGUAUUCGAUUAUAAUGGGCCACUGAUUGUCUUUCUCAAAGCUAAGGAAUUCUUAUUUUGUUUAUUGUCUGAUCAAGGUUUAAAAGAAUCGUUAAAAACGUUUGGCAAAGAGUAUUCAUUUCUUUAUCAAAUUCAACCAAAAUUUAUUCGACUUGUGUCUGGCAAGUUAGGAACUGACUCAGGGAUAAUUUAUGCAAAUUUCACUACAAAAACAUCAAAACGUGGUCUUCUUGUCGGGCACCAACCACUUGCAACGCCUGUAAUUGAGAUAAAUGAAGAUUUUACUGAAUUAAAAUAUAAUUCUGGCUUACCAAUACGUUUAAAUGCAAUUGAAGCUUGGGCAGCUGGUUCCACUGAUCACUUGUCGAAAUUAAAAGAUCAAAAGAAAUGGGAAUCUCAUCAGGUUGCUAAAGCGAAAGACCGGAAGUUGAAAAAUGAAACGUGGCAAGAUUCUGCUGAUCGUUUCCUGCUUGAACUAAAUGAGAAGCGAGUACAUCAUUCCGAUAUGAUUCCGCCACCUUAGAUUCAUUCUCAUUUCCGAGCAUACUUCUCAUCGAAACGCAUAAUAGAAAUAACAGUUAAUUUAGCUGGAACCGAUUCAUUUGAAAAUCAAUUCUUAUGUUGUAGUUAUUAUGUGAACUUUCGUUCUGGCAUCAAAAAUCUCUUUUUUGACAUGAAAUUCAAAGUCCAUCCCUAUACGUCUACUUUUGUAAGUAUAUUCUAUUAUAUUAAAAGAACACCUUAAAUCUUAUUAUUCUUAUUCAUUCACAGAAUCCUUCACUUGUCUUUAUUUCCUCUUUUAAACCAUCGAUCAAUAGCAAAAGUGAUUACUGUUAAUGUUCUUUGUGCAAAUGUUUCUAUAUAAAGACAUGAACUGAAUAAUACGCUGGGGAAAUAUAAUAAAAUGGUGGAAGCUUUAUUAUUUAUAAAUGUUGAGUAAUUAUUGCAGUAAAUAGCUGAAUUUUUUCGAAAUUAUGUCCAUUAUUCUUAGUACUAG